AUGUCGUCGUCCCUGCUCAAACAACGCGUCAGAUUCGCACCAUACCUCGACCGUGUCAAAUCCGCCGCAGACGUCGUCCCGCUCUUCAAAACCGGCAACGCUCUCGGCUGGUCCGGCUUCACCGGCGUCGGCGCCCCCAAAGUCGUCCCCCAAGCACUCGCCGACCAUGUCGAGCAGAACAGCUUGCAGGGCAAGCUGCGCUUCGACCUGUUUGUUGGCGCCAGCGCUGGCCCCGAAGAGGCCCGGUGGGCUGAGCUCGACAUGAUCGCGCGUCGCUCGCCGCACCAGGUGGGCAAGCCCAUCGCGUCCGCCAUCAACCAGGGUCGCAUCCAGUUCUUCGACAAGCAUCUGUCGAUGUUCCCACAGGAUCUCACGUACGGGUUCUACUCACGUGACAAACCCUUGGGCGCGCCCAUCUUGGACUAUGCCAUCAUCGAGGCCACAGCGAUCAAAGAAGACGGCUCCAUCGUUCCCGGUCCCUCCGUCGGUGCGUCGCCCGAGUUCGUCGCGGUCGCCGACAAAGUCAUCGUCGAGGUCAACACGGCGACCCAGUCCUUCGAAGGUAUCCACGACAUAGACAUGCCCAUAAACCCUCCACAUAGACCACCUUACCCUUACAUCUCCGUGGACCAUCGGUGUGGAGUCGACUCGAUCGCCGUAGACCCGGCCAAAGUCGUGGCAAUCGUUGAAUCCAAUCAACGUGACAAAGUGCCCCCCAAUCACCCAUCAGACGCCACUUCUAGAGCCAUCGCAGCUCAUUUAAUUGAAUUUUUAGAGCACGAAGUCGCUUUUGGCCGUUUGCCCAAAAACUUACAUCCAUUGCAAUCAGGUAUCGGUAACAUUGCUAACGCGGUCAUUGAAGGUCUAUCCUCUGCUUCUUUCCAAAAUUUGACAGUUUGGACAGAGGUUCUUCAGGAUUCUUUCCUAGACCUUUUCGAAAAUGGUUCUCUGGAUUAUGCUACUGCCACCAGCAUUCGCUUAACUGAGCCCGGUUUCAAGAGAUUUUUCGACAAUUGGGACGAUUACUCCAAGAAACUUUGCUUGAGAUCUCAAGUCGUUUCCAAUAGCCCAGAAAUUAUACGUCGGCUUGGUGUCAUUGCGAUGAAUACUCCAGUAGAGGUGGACAUAUACGCACAUGCCAACUCUACCAACGUUUCUGGAUCUCGGAUGCUUAACGGUUUGGGAGGUUCUGCCGAUUUCUUAAGAAAUGCCAAAUUGUCGAUCAUGCACACUCCAUGUGCAAGACCUUCCAAGACCGACCCUACCGGAAUUUCUACUAUUGUCCCCAUGGCUUCUCACGUCGACCAAACCGAACAUGACUUAGACGUGGUGGUUACGGAUCAAGGCUUGGCAGAUCUAAGAGGUUUGUCACCAACCGAAAGGGCCCGUGAAAUAAUAAAUCACUGUGCCCACCCUGAAUACCAACCCAUUCUAAUGGACUACCUCGAGAAAUCGGAGUUCUAUGCGCGCAAGAAUAAGUGUAUGCACGAACCUCACAUGUUGAAAAACGCCCACAAGUUUCAUAUAAAUCUUGCCGAGAAGGGAACCAUGAAGGUCGACUCCUGGGACUAG